AUGGGCUCCAAAAUCCCGCUCAUUACGCUCGAGGAGCAUUUCAUCUCCCAGGCUGUCCUCGACUAUUAUGCGUCCCAAGGCGUCGAGACCAUUCUCCCAGACUCCAUGUCUCAUAUCAUGACUGCUCUCCAGGAAGUCGGCCCUAAGCGCCUCAAAAUCAUGGACGCAGGCCGCGUUAGUCUUCAAGUCAUCUCUCAUCGACCGAACGCUAUCCCAGUCCCGCCAGAUGUCUGCACCAAGGCGAACAAUGAGCUAUACGAAGCCAUCAAAGCCUCACCCUCACCAGAACGCUUUGCUGCGUUCGCCAUGCUACCGACCCUUCACCCCGAAGAAGCAGCAAAGGAACUCGACCGGUGCGUCUCACAACUAGAUUUUGUGGGCAGCCUCAUCGACAACACAGCCAACGGACGCUACUACGACGAUCCCUUUUUCUGGCCCAUCUUCGCUGCCCAUGAGAAUCUCGAUGUCCCCGUUUACCUCCAUGCGAUACCACAACCAAUCACCGAGACCACGCCGUCCCCAUCAUUCCAUGGGAAUUAUUCCCCGCAGGUUUCCAACUUCCUCGCCAACCACGGAUUCCACUGGCACAGCGACGUGGCGCUGCACGUUCUACGGCUUUUCGCAAGCAAACUCUUUGACACGCAUCGACAUCUGAAACUUCUUCUGGGCCACAUGGGCGAGACGCUCCCGUUCUUGAUCGACCGAAUCCACAAACUGGUCCAGCGGACUUGGCCACACGCCUCGAAACCGAGGCGUCACCUCCUGCAAGUUUGGCACGAGAAUAUCUACGUGACGACGGCCGGGAUGUUCAGCCUGGCGCCCAUGGCUUGCCUGAUUCACAUGUGCUGUGCCGACAAGGUUCUGUAUAGCGUAGACUAUCCGUUUUGCAGUCACGAGGACGGCCUGAAGUUUAUGUACGCGUUGAGAGAAAGUGCAAUGAUCAACGCCCAGGACUUCGAAGCAAUCGCGUACAAAAACGCCGAGAGACUGCUCGACGUGAGGGUGCCGGACGACAACGAGGUGGGUAUGGAGAUCGAAGGCGACGAGGGCCAGGGCGAGGUUGACCGGCGGAGCAUGCCGUGGUUGACGAGCACGAUCAGCUCGGGCAGCCUCAACGGGGACGGGGCCGCCUUUCCGCACAGUCCGCUCGAGACGGUCAGGGAGGAGAAAUAG